AUGCUCUGGCUACUCAAGACGCCUGGCGCUUGCCUUUUCUUACUACUGCCUGGAGUUUUAGGGGUCCGGUACAGGUUUCCUAAGCGCUCAGUUUGGGUAGGUUUGCGCUCCAUUCCACUGCAGGGCAAGACAUUUGGCGGAAAAGCUGCAGCAAGGGCUGAUGAACCCUACUCCGGAGAUAUCGAGGGUUCUGCAACAGUCUCCUCUACAGGUAAUUUAGCUUCUGUGCUAUGGGCAGAGGGUCUGGAGAAAUGCUAAAGGUCAGGCAUAUUUUCUAGGUGUUGGCUAUAUGCUCCAUGUCGCAUUCCCAAAUAUUCAGUAAAUAAUAAUAAUAAUAAUAAUAAUAAUAAUAAUAGGAGCUGGACCUCAGUGUCCAGGCUGAACGAUGGGGGUGGAGAUGCUCCUUCAGGUAUACUGGGCUGAGGCCGUUUAGGGCUUUAAAGGUCAGCACCAACACUGAAUUGUGCUCGGAAAUGUACUGGGAGACAAUGUAGGUCUUUCAGGACUGGUAUUAUGUGGUCCCGGCGGCCGCUCCCAGUCACCAGUCUAGCUGCCGCAUUCUGGAUUAAUUGUAGUUUCUGGGUCAAAGAUAGCCCUACAUAGAGCACAUUGCAGUAGUCCAAGCAGGAGAUAACCAGAACAUGCACCACUCUAGUGAGACAGUCUGCAGGCAGGUAGGGUCUCAGCCUGUGUACCAGAUGAAGCUGGUAGACAGCUGCCCUGGACACAGAAUUGACCCGCGCCUCCAUGGACAGCUGUGAGUCCAAAAUGACUCCCAGGCUGCGCACCUGGUCCUUCAGGGGCACAGUUACCGCACUCAGGACCAACACAAUCUCCUUUUUUUCUGGCAGGUCUGCAGGUGGGACACAAAUUGUUUUGGUGUAUCUUUUUUUAUUGACAAGAGAUGUGAUGAUGGCAGGCAUUCUAUCAUAAACACUCAACAACCAUAUUGGAUUGAUGAGAAUUCCUGAUGAUACAUUGGGAAACUUUUAGGCUAGGCUUUCUCAAUGCUGUAGCCGAGAUGUUGUGGACUACAGCUCUCACAAGCCCAUAGCCAGCAUGACACAUGAUCAGGGAUGAUGGAAGUUGUCGCCCAAAGCACCUGGAGGAUACCAGGGUGCUUUAGAGAAAAGCCAAGUAGUAAUAUAAAUAUAUAUAUUAUAAAUACACAUGGAAAUACAGGUUGUUAGAACUUUUAAUUAUGCCCUUGUUAGUUCUAAAACUUACCUCUUCCCCUAGCAUAGAAGAAGACCCCACAUUUGUUAAGUUAAAAAUUGGUUCACUUAUGAAUCCUUCAAAGGUCCGGUCCAUGUGCUAUUCCAUACAUCCCUCAGAAAAGUUGCACAGGCAGUAUAACUUGGCUUAGUUGCAAAGUGGUGAAAGUUCCCAAAUCAUUGGUAUAUAGGAACUCAAGAGAGGCUUGUUAGAGCCAUGCGGCUAAGCAUAAGCAUAAUAAGGCAGGCAGGGUAGGGGUGGAGAGAGGAUAGGGAAUUUGAAGAAGCUGUAAAAGUUGCACAAGUGUUAAAUAUUCUCCCUGACUUGCUACCAUGGUUGAAUCUCCAGAAAGGGGCUUAAACUGCAAAGAAGUUGUUGAAAUAUCACAAAUGGGUCAUUGGUGACAUGUUUGUGUGUGUGUCCUGCUUUCAGAUUUUCUCCAGAAUUGGUAACUUCAUAUUAAAUGGGGGUGGCAGGACAUCGCAAAAAAACUUGCAUGUGUGAGGAGUUCCAAUCCCACAAUAAACACUCAUCUGACAACACACUAUUCCAAUUGUGUCAAGCCUGUUGUGAUGACCAUUAGUGUAGAUAUAUAUAUAUAUAUAUAUAUAUAUAUAUAUAUAUAUAUAUAUAUAGAGCACUGAUAUUCUCAACACUUUCACAGAGAUAAAAUCAUUAAAGUCUUGACUGCAAACUUAUACUCACCUGAGGGGAGUAAGCCCUAUUAAACUCUUCUAUAUUCUUCUUAAAUGUACUUCUGAGCAGGCCUAAAACUGCACCAUUUUGUGCUACACAUUACUAUCCCAUGCAGACAGAUUUCUUGAUUUUCCAUUUGUACCGCACUGGAGUCCAACUUGUAAAAGAAAAAGAAAAAAUCAGGAGUAGUUUCUCAAAGUCUUUUUUAAGUCCAGCCACUUAAUUUGGAAUAUUGUGCUUCAAUUGUCUUGCAGAAGAUAUAUGCCGGAGUCGCCCCAUAGACCUUGUAUUUAUAAUAGACAGCUCCCGCAGUGUCCGGCCUCAGGAGUUUGAAAAAGUGAAAACCUUCUUGGCCAAACUGAUUGAAGCCUUGGAUGUGGGGGAAAGAGCGACUCGUGUGGCGGUGGUAAACUAUGCCAGCACAGUCAAGAUUGAAUUUAAUCUUCAGAAGUACUUUGACAAAGCUUCCAUGAAGAAUGCCAUCUAUCACAUCCAUCCAUUAUCUGUGGGGACUAUGACUGGCUUGGCCAUCCAGACAGCCAUCAACGAAGUUUUCACCAGAGACGGAGGGGCAAGGGACUCUUCCCAUGACGUCCCUAAGGUGGUCAUUAUAGUGACCGAUGGCCGACCUCAGGAUCAGGUUCAUGAGGUGGCUUACAAGGCUCGAGCCUCUGGAAUCGAGAUUUAUGCCGUUGGGGUUGACCGAGCGGAUAUGGAGUUCUUGCGGCUGAUAGUGAGUGAGCCGGUCAGUGAGCACGUUUCUUAUGUGGAGACCUAUGGUGUGAUAGAAAAGCUGGCUUCCAAAUUUCGAAAAACGUUCUGUGGUAAGAUAAUCACUACAUGGUGAUUACUCCCUUUUGUUUCUGCUGCUAGGAUAAGGAUAUACAAUCGUACCUUAGAAGUCGAACGGAAUCCAUUCCGGAAGUCCGUUCAGCUUCCAAAACGUUUGAAAACCAAAGUGCAGCUUCUGAUUGGCUGCAGGAAGCUCCUGCAGCCAAUCAGAAGCCGCGGAAGCCUCGUCGGACAUUCGGGUUCCAAAGGAACAUUCGCAAACUAGAACAAUCACUUCUGGGUUUGUGGUGUUUGGGAGUCAAAACGUCUGAGUUUCAGGGCAUUCAGGAUCCAAGGUAUGUUGUUAGGUAAAUCCAUUUUUUCCCCUUUUUCUUUUUAAAUGUAUUAUAUUGUUUUAUUGAUGUAAAUUGAUUUGAUAUAUCUUUUCAUGAUACAGCAGUAUACAAAUGUUUAAAAUAAACAAAUUCCCCACAUAAAAACUGAACUGUGUCUCUCUAUGAGACAGUUGUGCCAUCUCAGCCAGGAAAUGCUUAAUAAGUUAUUUGACCAGAGAGCAUUAAAUGUUUUCUGUGGCACCAUCAGACAUAAUUCUUCUGUACACUCCUUCCCUAGCUGUGGAUGUUUGUGCCCUUGGGACCCACAAUUGUGAGCAACUUUGUGUGAGUAGCGAUGGCUCCUGGCGCUGUGAAUGCUAUGAAGGAUACACACUGAAUCCCGACAAGAGAACUUGCUCAAGGAAGGAGUUGGAGGCUCCCACAGGUAACACAUUUUAUGAGGAGAUUUGGUUUUUUAUUGAUUUAUUAUUUAGUUAUUAAAGUACUUCCUUAAUGCCUCUCCUAGGUCAGCAGACCUGUGAGCCUGGGAUCCACAACUGUGAGCAACUUUGUGUGAGUAAUGAUGGCUCCUGGCUCUGUGAAUGUUAUGAAGGGUACACCUUGAAUCUGGACAAGAGAACUUGCUCAAGGAAGGAGUUGGAGGCACCUUCAGGUAACAUGUUUUGUGAGGAUAUUUGUUUUUUUAAAAAAGUAAUUUAUAAUUUAGUUGUUAAUAUAAUUCCUUAUUAUCCGUCCUAGCUGGAGAAGGUUGUGCAUCUGGAAGCCAUGACUGUGAGCAAUUGUGUGUGAGUAGCGAUGGCUCCUGGCGCUGUGAGUGCUAUGAAGGGUACAUUUUGAAUCCCGACAAGAGAACUUGCUCAAGGAAGGAGUUGGAGGCCCCCUCAGGUAUCACAUUUCAUGAAAUUUAUUUUGUUUUCUAAGCAAUUUAGCAAUUUAUUAUUCAACUAUUAAUUAACUUGCUCAAGGAAGGAUCUGGAGGAUCCUUCAGGUUACACAUGCUGAGAGAAGAUUUGUUCUUUCCUAAUUUAUAAAUUAGGCAUUAAUGUAGUACUUUAAUAUAUCUCGUAGGUCGGGAGACCUGUGGGCCUGGGACCCACAACUGUCAGCAGCUUUGUGUGAGUAGGAAUGGCUCCUGGCACUGUGAAUGCUAUGAAGGGUACACACUGAAUCCAGACAGGAGAACUUGCUCGAGGAAGGAGUUGGAAGCUUCUUCAGGUAACACAUUUUGUGAGAUUUCUUUUUUUCCUAAGUAAGUUAUCCAUUUAUUAUCCAACUAUUAAUGUAAUUCCUUAACAUCUGUCCAAGGUGGAGAGGGUUGUGCAUCUGGAAGCCAUGACUGUGAGCAAUUGUGUGUGAGUACAGAUGGCUCCUGGCGUUGUGAAUGCUAUGAAGGGUACACUUUGAAUCCGGACAAGAGAACUUGCUCGAGGAAGGAGUUGGAGGUUCCCUCAGGUAACACAUUUUAUGUUGAGAUUUGGCUUUUUAUCAGUUUAUUAUUUCGUUAUUAAUGUAGUUCCUUAAUGCCUCUCCUAGGUCGGGAGACCUGUGAGCCUGGGAUCCACAACUGUGAGCAACUUUGUGUGAGUAGCGAUGGCUCCUGGCGCUGUGAAUGUUAUGAAGGGUACACCUUGAAUCCGGACAAGAGAACUUGCUCAAGGAAAGAGUUGGAAACUUCUUCAGGUAACAUAUUUUGUGAGAUUUCUUCUGUUUUCUAAGUAAUUUAUCCAUUUAUUAUACAACUACAGUGGUACCUCGGGUUAAGAACUUAAUUCGUUCUGGAGCUCUGUUCUUAACCUGAAACUGUUCUUAACCUGAGGUACAACUUUAGCUAAUGGGGCCACCUGCUGCCACCGUGCGAUUUCUGUUCUCAUCCUGAAGCAAAGUUCUUAACCUGAGGUACUCUUUCUGGGUUAGCGGAGUCUGUAACCUGAAGUGUCUGUAACCCGAGGUAACACUGUAUUAAUGUAAUUCCUUAACAUCCAUCCUAGGUGGAGAGGGUUGUGCAUCUGGAAGCCAUGACUGUGAGCAAUUGUGUGUGAGUAGCGAUGGCUCCUGGCGCUGUGAGUGCUAUGAAGGGUACACUUUGAAUCCGGACAUGAGAACUUGCUCAAGGAAGGAGUUGGAGGCACCUUCAGGUAACAUGUUUUGUGAGAUUUGUUUUAUUUAAAAAAGUAAUUUAUAACUUAGUUAUUAAUGUAAUUCUUUAUUAUCUGUCCUAGCUGGAGAAGGUUGUGCAUCUGGAAGCCACGACUGUGAGCAAUUGUGUGUGAGUAGCGAUGGCUCCUGGCACUGUGAGUGCUAUGAAGGGUACAUUUUGAAUCCAGACAAGAGAACUUGCUCAAGGAAGGAGUUGGAAGCUUCUUCAGGUAACACAUUUUGUGAGAUUUACCGUAUUUUUUGCUCUAUUAGACUCACUUUCCCCCUCCUAAAAAGUAAGGGGAAAUGUGUGCGCGCCUUAUGGAGCUAAUGCAGGCUGCGCAGCUAUCCCAGAAGCCAGAACAGCAAGAGGGAUCGCUGCUUUCGCUGCGCAGCGAUCCCUCUUGUUGUUCUGGCUUCUGGGAUUCAGAAUAUUUUCUUUCUUGUUUUCCUCCUCCAAAAACUAGUUGUGUCUUAUGGUCUGGUGCGACUUAUAGAGCGAAAAAUACGGUAUUUUGUUUUCUGUGUAAUUUAUCCAUUUAGUGUUCAACUAUUACAGUCAUGCCUUGGAAGUAAAAUGGAAUCCGUUCCGGAAGUCUGUUCGACUUCCAAAACGUUCGGAAAACAAAGUGUGGUUUCCUAUUGGCUGCAGGAAGCUUAUGCAGCCAAUCCGAAGCUGCAGAAGUCCCAUCAGACGUUUGAGUUCCAAAGAUCGUUCGCAAACUGGAACACUCACUUCCGGGUUUGCGCUGUUUGAGAGCCAAAACGUCCAAGUACCAACACGUUCGGGUCUCCAAGGUACAACUAUUAAUGUAAUUCCUAAACCUCUGCCCUAGGUGGAGAGGGUUGUGCAUCUGGAAGCCAUGACUGUGAGCAAUUGUGUGUAAGUACAGAUGGAUCCUGGCGUUGUGAAUGCUAUGAAGGGUACACCUUGAAUCCGGACAAGAAAACUUGCUCAAGGAAGGAGCUGGAGGUUCCCUCAGGUAACACAUUUUGUGAGAUUUCUUCUGUUUUCUAAGUAAUUUAUCCAUUUAUUAUUCAAUUAUUAAUGUAAGACCUUAACAUCUGCCCUAGGUGGAGAGGGUUGUGCAUCUGGAAGCCAUAACUGUGAGCAAUUGUGUGUGAGUACAGACGGCUCCUGGCGCUGUGAGUGCUAUGAAGGGUACACUUUGAAUCCGGACAUGAGAACUUGCUCAAGGAAGGAGUUGGAGGCACCUUCAGGUAACAUGUUUUGUGAGAUUUGUUUUAUUUAAAAAAGUAAUUUAUAACUUAGUUAUUAAUGUAAUUCUUUAUUAUCUGUCCUAGCUGGAGAAGGUUGUGCAUCUGGAAGCCACGACUGUGAGCAAUUGUGUGUGAGUAGCGAUGGCUCCUGGCACUGUGAGUGCUAUGAAGGGUACAUUUUGAAUCCAGACAAGAGAACUUGCUCAAGGAAGGAGUUGGAGGUUCCCUCAGGUAACAUAUUUUGUGAGAUUUCUUCUGUUUUCUAAGUAAUUUAUCCAUUUAUUAUUCAACUAUUAAUGUAAUUUCUUAACAUCUGCCCUAGGUGGAGAGGGUUGUGCAUCUGGAAGCCACGACUGUGAGCAAUUGUGUGUGAGUACAGACAGCUCCUGGCGCUGUGAAUGCUAUGAAGGGUACAUUUUGAAUCCCGACAAGAGAACUUGCUCAAGGAAGGAGUUGGAGGCCCCCUCAGGUAACACGUUAUGAAGAGAUUUGUUGUUUUUUAAAUUAUUAUUUAGUUAUUGAUAUAGUUCCUUAUCCAACCUAGGUGAAGAGAACUGUGUACCUGGAACACACAACUGUGAGCAAAUUUGUUUGAGUAGCGAUGGCUCCUGGCGUUGUGAGUGUUAUGAAGGGUAUACCUUGAAUCCGGAUAAAAGAACUUGCUCAAGGAAGAAUCUGGAGGCUCCUUCACGUAAUACAUUUUCUGAGGGUCUUUUUAUCAUUUAAAAAAAAAAAUAGUUUAGUGUUGAAUUAUUAAUGUAGUUCCUUAUCUGUCCUAGGUGGGGAGAGCUGUGUACCUGGGACUCACAAUUGUGAGCAAAUCUGUGUGAGUAGCGAUGGCUCCUGGCAUUGUGAGUGCUUUGAAGGCUACGUCUUGAAUCAAGACAAGAGGACUUGCUCACGUAAGAAUCUGGCAGCUUCAUUAGCCAGCACAUUUCAUGAUGGGAGGUUUUGUGGGGGUUUUUUUGGUUUAAAAACAUUCAGCAAUGUGAUUUCUUAUUCGCAUUUGAAUAAUCUUAUUGUUCUUCAAAACUAUCUUGUAAGGUAGGUCAUUAUUAUUUAUUUCCAUAUUGCCGGUAAAGGAGGGCUGGGUCUGAGGGAAUAGCAUCCCCAAAACUUUAUUUAUACCUUGCCAUGUCAUGGCUAAAGUACAGUUUGAGUUGGAGAGUUCCCCAUGUCUCAGGUGACAAACCCAGCUAUUAUGUCACAUCCACUCUCUCUAAAUACCUCAAGAGGGUGAUUCGAAUCAUUUUUCAAUUAGCGCGUCUUGUCCCCCCCCCCUUACAAAAGUCUUUAUAAACCAAGAACUCUCUCUCUCUCUCUCUCUCUCUCUAUAUAUAUAUAUACAGUCAUACCUCAGGUUACAGACACUUCAGGUUGUGUUUUUUCAGGUUGCAGACCGCCGACACCCGGAAGUACCAGAACGGCUUACUUCUGGGUUUCGGCAGUUGCACAUGCGCAGAAGCACUAAAUCACGUUUUGCGCAUGCGCAGAAGCGCCGAAUCACAACCCACACGUGCGCAGACUGCGGGUUGUGGAUGCUGCAGGUUGCGAAUGUGCAUCCUGCACGGAUCACAGUAUAUCUAAUGGUUGUACCAGGUCACGCCACUUUGAGGCCCCUUGAUGGAAAGGCAGGGUCUGGAUGUGCUAAAUAGGUGUGUCUUUGUGAAGACCAAGUUACGCAGUAUAUCUCAACUCCCUCCCUAGCUAGAGAAAAGGAUGUUUGCACAACUGGAGACCAUGACUGCGAACAGAUCUGUGUCGCCAGCGGUGACUCUUGGCACUGCGACUGCUUUGAAGGGCACACCUUGAAUCCGGACAAGAAGACCUGUUCAAGUAAAGAUAUGGCAGCUCAUUCAGCAUAUAUUUAAUGAGAAAGGGAGGGUGCAAGCCUAUUUAUCGCGAUUCUCUCUCUUUUUUAAAUAGUUCAUUCUUCAGCUUUGGACGUCUGUGCUCCUGGAACCCACGACUGCCAACAAAUCUGUGUUCCCAGUGGCAGUUCCCAUCGUUGUGAGUGCUAUGAAGGAUUCACCUUGAAUGCAGAUAAGAAAACAUGCUCAAGUAAGAAUCUGGCCGAUAUAUCAGGAAGGAAAAGCAUUGUGUUGCAUCUUUCCCUGCAGUAUAUAUUUCAGUUUGGUUGAGAAACUGCAUUCUUAGUGGGCUUACUGCCAUUUUUCUUGGGAAUGGUCUCUCUCCCCUUGGCUGCGUGCAUGCCAUGCAUUUAAGGCACCUACCCCUCAAGAAUCCUGGGAUCUGUAGUUCACCCCACACAGCAUCCGAACAAACUACAGUUCCCAGGAUUCUUUGGGGUGUGUGUUUUUAAACUUGUGGUGUGUAACAGCUGCAUGAAAGGACGACGCUUACCCUUGAAGAGAGAAGUACUGAGGAGGAAAGCUAUGCUAUCAUGAUAUCUUCUGUCAUGGAGAUGUUUAAUGGUUUUCUGUCCAGGACAUCCCAUUUUGGGGAGCUGUGCUCUCCCAUGGGUCAUGUGACUCACAUGGGAGCGAGGCCCAGAAGACACACAUCCUGGUUUUGUACUGGGACAUGCUGGAGGGCUUGGUGGCACCAUUCACAUAGCAAAAACCUACCACAGAGAUAUCAACAUUUUCAAAAGUAAGGGGGUCCAUGACUCAGCCUUUUAAAAAACAGGGCGUCCGCAGUACUCAGCUAAUUAGGGACCACUGGUUUAGAUAUUAAUGUUUUAUUUAUUGUACCCUGCUCUGAGAUUGCCUGUGGCAAUGAAGGUAAAGAUAAAGGGACCCCUGACCAUUAGGUCCUGUCAUGACCGACUCCGGGGUUGUAGCGCUUAUCUCGCUUUACUGGCUGAGGUAGCCGGCGUACAGCUUCUGGGUCAUGUGGCCAGCAUGACUAAGCCACUUCUGGCGAACCAGAGCAGUGCACAGAAAUGCCAUUUACCUUCCUGCCAGAGCGGUACCUAUUUAUCUACUUGCACUUUGACGUGCUUUCGAACUGCUAGGUGGGCAGGAGCUGGGACCGAGCAACUGGAGCUCACCCCGUCGCGUGGAUUCGAACCGCCAACCUUCUGAUCAGCAAGUCUUAGGCUCUGUGGUUUAACCCACAGCGCCACCCGCGUCCCAUGGCAAUGAAGAGUGGGUAACAAAUAUUGUUAAUAUAUAGAUAAUCGAAAGCAUAUGGUUCAUUUUCUCCUCAGGAAUAGCAAGAAGCCGUCUUCCUUCUAUGACAACGGAAGAGGCAUGUAAAUGUGAAUCACUUGCUAAAUUUCACAAGCUGGCCACUUCAUACCUUGAGGCAAUAUCUACAAAACAUAUCCUUUCUUUUGAGAUCUUUUCAGUGGUGGAUGCACUGCUGUUUCGCGUGCUUCCGCGUGCGGCAAACCUCUGCAAAAUCUGA